CCGCGGGGACUUUUCGAACUGCAGGAAAGCUGAUGCAACCCUGAGCGGUCGGCGCCGGCGUAUGAGGCAGCGGCUGCGUCAGCGCCGCGGGCGUACCCCGGGUCUCGCCGCUGCCGGAGCUCGGCCUCAGAGCUGCACGAGCCUCCACCGCUGCUGACGGCACCCUCACCCGGACAGGCGCACUUCGCAACAGGAGCUGAACGUCUCGAACCGCAACAGCCCGCCGUUGACCAUGACGAAGUCUCCCCGCUCGCCGCUGUUCAGCAUGGCGACGAUGAAGAAGAACCCGGCGCUGAUCCCGUUGGCCACACUCGUGGGCCUGGCCGUGCUGGGUGACUCGCUGUUCGCUCUGCGCACGCUCAUCAAGGUGCCCGAGGUGCAGUACAGGAAGCGCGACACUGAGCCCUGGGAGGACUACCGCAACAAGGAGUACAGCCUCUACAACCCGCGCGGACUGGAGCGCGACAAGUGCCCGGCGCCCGACUUCUAGACGGGCCGGCGGGACGGCGGCGUCGAGUGUCAAUGUAGUCCGUUCGCCUUGUUGUUUUGGUGGGAAGGCUCGACCAAGUUAGAUGGAGUUCGUCGAGCUUUGACUCGCCCACUGUGGCACAGUGAGGUGAAGGGUGAUAGGUACAAAGAGCGAAUGCUUGCGGGUUAUGCCGGUGAUGUGUUUCGGCUGUGCUUUCAGACUGCUUUAAUCGUACCCUACAUUGUUUGUGUUUCGCAAGUAUUUCGUAUGGACUUCUCCGUGUGAAUGCGAUAAAUUGAGUUGCUGAGCUGCUAUAUCUUAAUGCUGAAGUGUUAUUUUCUUUGCUGAACGCAGGAAACGUGCUUACGUGUGGUUUUUGCUGCACCUUAAGCCACCUAUAUUCUGUGAUUACGUGGAAACGGUUCGCAUUUUGUGUAACAAGAAACGAAAAAAGGCUAAGCAUGAUAUAGCCGCUGGGGAGGCAGCGUUGAGUGUCCGUUGGCAGUUAGCACAAGAAACAUAACAUUGUGCGUUGGUAGUCCUGUUGGGCGUUACGGCGUGCACUGUAACGUGUGUCACGUUGUAGCACUACGGCAUGGCACACGAUGGUUACUAGCGUAAAAUAACUGCCUCAAAGCCACAAACCAAGGCAAGCCAGGGUGCGCACAACCGGCCGAAACAUGUGAACAAACGGUGCGCCUCGAAGCCGAAACUAUUUUCAGCACUUCACGCCCGCGCGGCGCCUCGCUUGGUAAGGGACGAAGCGCGUGACGACAUAGGCAAUGAUAUUACCAUGCAGAUGAUAGCAUGCGGCCCAGAUUGGAUCACACCUGUCUGGGAGCUUUACAAAUGUAUCCUGAAAUUAGCCACAUGGUCUGCUAAUCUAUUGGCCUACUGGGGAGCUCAUCAGAAAAAGACGGUCAUUUAUUCGUAUUUCUAUUACACCACUUAACACAUAGCAUGGUCCCAGACUUGUUCGGCGAUGACACAGACUAUUUCGAUUAAAGAAAUGGAUAAAGUUGCGUUGUUUGUAUUAGUUGGUUAUUACAAACGUAUUCAUGAAAGCCCAGCAUGUUUAGUGGAUAUUGGCCACAACUGAUUGAGUCAUACGUUCGCACGCUUUACAUGGCCUAUCGCUCUCGGUUUAUACCACGUAGCAGCUCGCAUCGAGACCGUUUUACUAAAAAAGAACAGGAGUGGCUUCUCGGGAGAUUCGCUUCUCGGGAGAUUGGUUUUCUGUUAGCUUCUGGUUCACCUCCGGUCGAAUAAUGUGGAACUGACUAAA